GGGACUUCAUCUAUGAUUCCAUCAUGGAGGAUGAACCAUGCUAUCCCGCAUCCAUGGACUCUGGAGCAUUAAGCUUUAUAUCAGAGCUGUUGAAGAAGAAUGCAGAGGAGAGACUGGGUUCUACCCCGGGAGAUGCUGCAGAUGUAGCAGAACAUCCUUUCUUCCAUGACAUGGACUGGGAUGACAUAAUUGAGAGGAAGGUAAUGGCUCCAUUUAUUCCCAGCCUGGACGGACCAGAGGAUGUGAAAUAUUUUGAAGAGACCUAUACCAACCUGCCGGCGAAUCUGACGCAGCCCAAAGGACCCCCUGCUGAAAUGGCGAGAGAGAUCGACGAAGCCUUUCAGGACUUUGACUAUUCAGCAUUUUAA